UCAGCGCCAGCAAUCAGCCCUCACGUGGCGGGCGGCCUAACCGUCCUUNUUACAGUCAUCUACAUUGCUCCCUUCUACCUGUCGCCCACUCUGCGGAGCAACUCCAUCGCCAAUCGUAACACCCCUUCCGUCAUCGAGGCGCGUAUCCGCGCUGUGAUCUGGAGUUGUGCGGCCAGCGUAGUCAUCACUGUCUGUGUGCUCUUUCUCAAAGGUCAUGUUACGCUUGGGNAGGUACUUCAUCUACUCGGCGUGUAUCCCGUGAACAUCCUCGAUACUGCCAAGUCUCUUCUGCUUGUAGCCAUCCUCUUUGCGGGUCCUCUAUUUGAGAGAGCCAUCAUCGAAGGAGAAUGGAGAACUUGGGGAGCUUCUGCAAUCAAGGAAACGGUCUAUGACGACCUCAUAGGUUGGCGUAAUCUUGUCGUUGGCCCUGUAAGCGAAGAACUGGUGUUCAGAAGUCUUGCAAUCUCCUUGUUUCUACUGGCUCAGGCAUCCGCCCUGCGUAUAACGUUCACCUCGCCAUUAAUCUUCGGUGUGGCUCAUGUGCAUCACUUGCAUGAACACAUCAAUGCUUCUCGGCGUCCUGGAGCUAGCUACCUGGCUACUGCUCUGACGCCAUCUGUUAUACUGCCCGGCUUGAUUCGUUCCAUUUUCCAAUUCCUCUACACUUCGCUGUUUGGCUUCAUUGCCGCUUUUAUCUACUUGCGAACGAGCUCCCUUGUGGCAUGCAUCCUUGCCCACAGUUUUUGCAAUUGGAUGGGCUUGCCUCGAUUCUGGGGUCGUGUCGGAGAAGAAGUUGGAGAGGAAAUGCUAAAUCAAACACAUCACGACAGCAGUGUGACUGAUGCCUUUCAGACUGGCACACACGGUCAGCAACUAUCUAUUACCUGGACUGUUGCAUACUACAUCGUGCUUGUUGCAGGCGCGAUUGGUUUCUGGAAACUUCGGUGGUCCUUAACAUACAGCAAUCUGGCUUUGAUACAGUUC